AUGAUUCUUGAAGACGAAGGAAGAGCGAUAUGUCGUUACAACGAAAAUGAAGUUUUGCCAAAUGUCAAAGGAGUAGUCGUUGAUACACAAGAGUAUAGGGCAAAUAGAAGAGAAGUACACAAUCGCGAUAUUCAUCACGCCCUUCGUGUUGAUUUGGUGGAGCACGUUUGUAAUACUCAUAUUCAGCCGCCGAUAGAGUUUUCUUAUGAUGAUUUGUUUGACAAAUCAGACGAGGAUUCUGAUAUGUUCGUCGAGAGCGAAGAUUCCGGUGACGAGAGUGAUGCUCAGGAGAAUGAUGAAGACAAUGAGGUCGAUGACGAGGACGAUGAUUCCGAGUGA